AUGUCACAGGAAUUUACAGACUAUGUCAUUACAUCUAUGGGACCUAAAACAUCCCCAAAGGCUCGUCGUAUUCUUUCAUCAUUGAUCCAACAUGUUCACGAUUUUACUAGAGAAAACAAUAUUACAGUCGAUGAAUGGAUGUAUGGAGUUGAACUCAUCAACAGUAUUGGACAGAUUUCUGAUGCAAAAAGGAAUGAGGGUAUCUUGGUUUCUGAUGUUAUUGGACUUGAAGCUUUGGUUGAUACGUUAACACAUAGCUCGGACACUGCAGACCAUACCUCUUCGGCAAUCGUUGGUCCAUUUUAUAGAGAUGGUUCACCUGAAUAUCCAAAGGGUGCCUCAAUUAUUCAAAAGGAUGUCGGAGGUGAAAAAACUCUUGUUAGUGGUCGCAUAAUGGACACAAACGGCAAUCCCUUGGCAGGUGUCAAAUUGGAAGUGUGGCAUUGUGCACCUAACGGAUUAUACGAACAACAGGAUCCAGACCAGCCAGAAUACAAUUUAAGAGGUACUUUUUUCUCUGAUGAUGAUGGUUAUUAUGCAUUCGUAGGUUUAAGACCAACUGCUUACCCAAUUCCUUAUGACGGACCUGCUGGAAAAUUAUUGCAAAUAAUGGACAGACAUCCGAUGAGACCAGGUCAUAUUCAUUGGAGAGUGACUCAUCCUGACUACCACUCAUUGAUCACCCAAAUUUACGACCGUGAAUGUAAGUACACCGAAGACGAUUCUGUUUUCGCAGUUAAAGAGGAUAUUAUUGUUGAUUUCGUGCCUGCCAAAAAAGACUUAGCAGAAAAAGGAAUUAAGAAUGAAUUACAUUAUGAUAUUGUCUUGACCUUAGAGUCAAAGAUUCAAGAAAGUAGACAAAAAAUUAAAGAUGCACAAGAUGCUCUCGAACAAAAAUUAAUGGAAAAGCACUCUGCUGCGCCAAACGGCACUCGAGCGGCAGCUAGUUAA